AUGGAUUUUCAACAUAGAGCUGGCGGUGAUGGUGUUGCCAGUGGAUCGGAAUCGAAUCGCGAUCGACGCGAACGACUCCGUCAAUUGGCUCUUGAAACAAUUAAUCUUGCUAAAAAUCCUUAUUCUAUGAGAAAUUGUGUUGGAACUUAUGAAUGUAGAUUUUGUUUAACUUCACAUAAUAAUGAAAGUUCAUAUUUGGCACAUACACAAGGAAAAAAGCAUCAAUCGAAUUUAGCUCGACGUGCUGUUCGUAAAAAUCAACAAUCAUCUGAUAUAGUUCAAUCAAUAAAACGUCAUUCUGAAGUUCGUAAAUUUAUUAAAAUAGGUCGUCCUGGUUAUAAUGUAACAAAACAGCGUGAUCCAAGUGUAGUUUUAAUACCAUAA